GGGAGGAGGAGGAGGAAGAGGAUGAGGGGGCGCCGCGGCGGCGCUUGUGUUGGUGCUUGUGCUGCUUGUGCUGCAGCCGCGCUCGCCUGAGCGGGCCCCGCGCUCCCUCCGUGCCGGCCUCGCACCGCGCCGCCGCCCCCGGGGGCGGGGGGAGUCGCGGCGAGUGGAUGCCCGGCGGGCACCGCCGGGGCACAGACCCGCGGACGCCAUGGGCUGCUGCAGCUCCGCCGCGCAGAGCUCCAAGCGAGAGUGGAAGCCUCUGGAGGACCACAGCUGCACAGAUGUACCAUGGCUGCUCUUAUUCAUCCUCUUCUGCAUAGGAAUGGGUUUUAUUUGUGGCUAUUCAAUAGCUACAGGAGCAGCUGCGAGACUGCUUUCAGGAUAUGACAGUUAUGGAAAUAUUUGUGGACAGAAAAAUGUCAAGGUGGAGGGAAUAGUCAACAGUGGUCUGGACCUUACACACAAGAAGUAUGUAUUCUUCUUGGAUCCGUGCAAUAUCGAUAUAGUACAUCAGAAAAUCAAGUCUCUUGCCUUGUGUGUAUCAGCUUGCCCAAGGAAAGAACUAAAAACUCUGGCUGAUAUUCAGAAAUUUGCAGAAACUAAUGGAUCUACUCUGUGUAGCUAUGAACUGCAGUCAUCAGAGUAUACUACAGACCCAAGGGCUGCCAAGUUGUGUCCUAAAUAUCCUGUUCCAGAGAGUGCACCUAUUCCAUUCUUCCAUCGCUGUGCUCCUGUGAACAUUUCCUGCUAUGCCAAGUUUGCAGAGGCCCUGAUCACCUUUGUCAGUGACAGUAGUGUCUUACACAGGCUGAUUAGUGGAGUUAUGACCAGCAAAGAGAUUAUAAUGGGACUUUGCUUGUUAUCACUAGUGUUGUCCAUGAUUUUGAUGGUUAUAAUAAGGUACAUUUCAAGAGUACUUGUCUGGAUUGUAACAAUUCUUGUCAUUCUGGGAUCACUUGGUGGUACAGGAGUCCUGUGGUGGCUCUAUGCUAAGAAACGAAUGUCUGCCAGUGCUCUUGAGACUCAAAUAGCCAAAGACAAUCUUCAGGCUCUCUUGAUCUAUGCCAUUGCAGCUACGGUCUUCACGGUUAUCUUAUUCUUGAUCAUGCUAAUAAUGCGCAAAAGAGUAGCUCUCACCAUUGCCUUGUUCCACGUGGCCGGCAAGGUCUUCAUUCACCUGCCACUGCUAGUCUUCCAGCCAUUUUGGACAUUCUUUGUGCUUAUCCUCUUCUGGGCAUACUGGAUCACAGUCCUGCUUUUCCUUGGUACUACAGGUAGUCCUGUCCCAAAUGAAGAAGGAUUUGUCGAAUUUCGGAUGGUAGGUCCUUUGAAAUACAUGUGGUGGUACCAUGCAGUAGGACUCAUCUGGAUCAGCGAGUUUAUCCUAGCCUGUCAGCAGAUGACAGUAGCAGGGGCUGUUGUGACAUACUAUUUUACAAGGGAGAAAAGAAAUCUGCCAUUUACUCCUAUUCUGGCAUCUGUUAAUCGCCUUGUUUGUUACCACCUAGGAACAGUAGCAAAGGGGUCUUUCAUUAUCACACUAGUGAAGAUACCACGAAUGAUUCUAAUGUAUAUUCAAACACAACUCAAAGGAAAAGAAAAUGCUUGUGCUCGCUGUAUGCUUAAAGCCUGCAUCUGCUGCCUUUGGUGUCUAGAAAAGUGCCUGACAUACUUAAAUCAGAAUGCAUAUACAGCCACAGCUAUCAACAGCACCAAUUUCUGCACCUCAGCAAAGGAUGCCUUUGUUAUCCUGGUGGAAAACGCUUUGCGAGUGGCUGCCAUAAACACAGUUGGAGAUUUUAUGCUGUUCCUAGGAAAGGUCCUGAUUGUCUGCAGCACAGGUUUGGCCGGUGUUAUGUUGCUGAAUUACCAACGAGAUUACACCAUCUGGGUGCUGCCACUCAUCAUUGUCUGCCUCUUUGCAUUCCUGGUUGCUCACUGCUUCCUUUCUAUUUAUGAAAUGGUUGUUGAUGUCCUUUUCUUAUGUUUUGCCAUCGAUACAAAAUACAACGAUGGGAGUCCUGGGAGGGAAUUCUACAUGGAUAAAGUUCUCAUGGAGUUUGUGGAGAAUAGUAGAAAAUCUAUGAAAGAAGCUGGCCGGGGAGGUGGAGCUGAGAGCAGAGAGCUAAAACCAAUGGCCUCUGGAGCAAGUUCAUCUUGAAACUAGCCAGCCAUAUUGGAACCCAUUGACAUUCCAAAACAGUAUAUAUAUACAUAUAUACAUACAUAUAUAUAUAUAUAUAAAAAUAAACAGCCAAAAUCAGAGAAAAGGAACAGGGAUUUAAAACUUUUUUUAACAAUUAUUUUUGUGAAACAUGUACUCUUUUCAUACGGGUGGCUUUUACAAGCAGCUUUAUCAUUGUUCCAUUUCUUAAAUUAUUGAUUGUGGUCAUGGAAAUGUUGAUUCUUAUCUGCUUGGUAUUUUACAAUCUGGAGGAGGUAUCAUUGUAAAGAUAAUCUGAAAUCAUGACUGGGUUUAGAGACAGAUUUCCCAUGACAUUGCUAAUCUGCUGAGACUUUUACUUGUUUAGUUUCUUUUUAAUUUGCAUUAAAUUUGGGACAGUCACAUGUACAGAAAACCUUGAAAUCAAGAAAAGUCUUAAAUUUAGUUUUUUCAGAAGGUGGUUUCAGUGAGAAUUCAUUCAGUUCAAAUUGGUUUGUAAGCAGUUAUUUUACUUUACAACCCUGGCAGGGCACAGUUUUGUUUACCAGUAUCAGACAUCACAAUAACCAACUCCUCAGGUAUUCAGGUGUGUGGGAGCCCUUGCAUCUCCUAUUAAACAGAACCUACAAAAUGGGGACAGAUAAUUUUUAUAUGCAAUCAACUUCCUGCUUUACCCUACUUGCCCCUCAUACCCGUUGCCCUCUAUCCUCCCUUUGAGUUCAGUAACCUCCUUCACACUUCAGCAGUGUUCCUUUGAAGGGUAUGGAUUCUGCAUAUGGGCAAUUGAAAUAACAGAUUGUUAAAGCUCAGUCUUAGCCAUACUCAUGAUUAAUUCAUGACUAGAUACAAAGAUGCUGAGGAGGGGAAGAGAAAUGAACUGUACUACUGUACAUAAAAAAGUACUGUAUGCUUCAUUUCAUUUAAUACCAGAGAGCUCUAGGAGGAAGAAGGGAUCAUUCCUUGCCUGUUGUUUGAUCCAUAUAUGUAUGUACUGUAGUGGGUGGCUAAAACGGGAAAGGGCAGAGAAACAUUUCUUUGGAAGUGUAGCUGCCAGGAUAGUUAUCUGAAGUUAUUAAAUAAUGACAAGAGAACAUGCUUUUUUAUUAUUAGUAGUAGUAGUACAAAAUUUCUUUUCAGUCUGGAAGCUCACCAGAUAUGAAUGCUAAUAUUCAAUUAUUCAACUUAUUGUAAUGGUAAAUGCUUAAGUGUAUUUGCUAAGAAUUCAUGAUCUGUCUAUGCUAUAUAUUCCUUUUGUUACAAUUUUUUUAAGAAAACUAUUUUUGUUAAUGUAAAGUUAAUAUUUCAGAGCAGAAUUUUUAAACUUAUUGCACUAAAUACAAGCUCUCUACAAAUAAACGAUGCCUCAAUGGUACAAUCACUCCAUUCAAGAAAAUCUUUUGAAAGAGAAGAGUCUUUCUACAGAAGCUUUGUAAUGGAGUAGAGAGGUAUGUCUAGGUAGAGACAUGCACAACUCAUGUUAUCAAGGUUUAGUAAAUAAGCAGUUAUUUGUGCUUCCUGUCAGAGGAUCAGACUUCCAAAUUGCUGCUGAAGAUUUAAAAAAAUUAUGUAGUAUCAUGUAGCUAACUAGUGCUCUUAUCUUUUGGCAAUAGUAAAAUAUUUCACUUUUGCUUCCAGAAGGCAUUUGAUAACUUAAAUUUGGUAGGUUUUCUUUCGGUAAGCCAGUUAAAAGAAGGAUUUACACUUUUCAUAUCACAGACCCCAAACUAUGUGAGAGGUGUGAAAAUAAAGAUACAUGUAGAAAGGAUAGCUGCUGGGGAGGCAGAGAGACAGAAUUACUCAGUCCUGGAAGCACUCAGACACUCAUUUAAGUGAACCAUAUCGGUACCUCCACUAACAUCAGAAGGGCUCUCUAAGUAUUGAAGUUGUAGCUUACACAUCUGUGUAAGUGCUAACUGGGCUAGAGCUUCAACCUAGGGAUUCAGACUGGAGCACUGGUGAGGCCUCUCAGUGCAAGUCAGAGGUCAGACUUGCCUAGAAGAAGCACUGGAGCAGUCUUACUUUUGUGGAGAGGAGACCUUCCUGCUGUACCAGUGUCUAAGAACAGCAGUGGCUCUCAACAUCAAUAUUUGUGUAGAUCAGGAGGGUUUAACCAUGCCAGAAAUUUAAAAACUGGCUUAGAUGAAUCCUAGAAACUGGAUUCCAAGGCUAAAAGACUUAUCAAGUACCCAGUUGCUUCCAGAAAAAAUUAAUUUUCUUCUUGUUUGGAGGCUAUUGGAGGUGCUUAAUCAAAGAAGCCUUGUAUUCUGCGCAUUUUGAUAAAAAAGUUCUGCCAUGACUGAUCCCGCAAGUUUGUGUUCCCUGCUCACUGGAAGUCCUGAGUGGGGACUUUUCUCUGUAAUUGCAACUAGGACUGCAGUUGGAAACAAAUUUUGUAUUUUUGUAUUACUUGACUGUGCACCAUUUUUAUAGCAGUUUAUCCUGUCUUAAAAAUAAAUUUGUUUUAUUUACAUGGUGUUUAAAAGAUACAGGCAACACUUUUCUAUGGGUAGUUGUAAUGUUUAAGUGAGAAAUCUAUAUCAUUACGAAGUUCUUAAUAAAAUUGUGUGCACCACUCUUGAGUGUAUAUCUGGCAUGCAGAGCUUUUAAGUCAUGCCAAAAAGGCAUUCCAUCCACAUGCAGAUUUUCCAGUGGCCCUUUAAAGCUUUUGAAUGUCCUUUGAAGUUCAUUUGCAACCAAACUACAAGCUGACCUCUUCCAGCCCUGUCUUGUGCAGGGAGAUAAGCAGAAGACAGAGUUCUGAAGAGACAACUUUUCAGGAGAAAUUGAGACUCUGCUUUCCUUUCCUAGUGGGGAUAGCAGAGUAAGAGGACACUUUGGCAUGUAAAUUGCUAUAGAAAUGUUGGCAGUAGGGAUGCUGGGCUCUGCCAGUUGUGAUGGAUUCAAUACUUUUUUUUUGACUGUUGGUUAUUAAAGCCAGUAUGUGGACUGCUUUGUGAGAAGCAGUCUAGACUAACUAGAGAGCGAUGCUGCAGCGAGAAUAACAAUGCAGGAGGAGCAAGAUGAGACAGCUGAAACAGAGAAAUCAUCUCCUUAGCAAGUCCAUUGAACUAAGUACUGCUUGAGGACUGGAGAUUUAGACUGGACAAUCUGGGUUUAGAAACAAUCAGUGGGAUUACUAGUUCCCAGCCGUUGGUUUCCGCAGAUGGUCUGUAUCAUGGCCUCUGACCAGCUAGGUUACAAAGGGAAAAACAUAUACAAUUCUUUAAAUUGCUAAAAUUUUUACACAUUAUUUUACUCACUGUUUUAUUUGGAAGCUGAACAGCAGUGUGUAAUCUUUAUUGUUUCUUCCAACCCUGGAGGAUUUUUUUUUUUUGUUCUUUUAGGUCUCAUUUCUGUAUUGCUCUUUCAGUAAAGGAGUGCCAAGUGGCAUUGUCAGCUCCCCUUUGCCCCACUGAUCUUACCACAUUCCCUCUCACCUUCCUGAGGCAAUGAUUUAGGAUAUCACGUGGACAAUGAGAGGGGGAGUAGGUGCUGAGUUAAAGUCCUAAGGUAGGAUUUUUUUUUAUGAUGUCACUCCAUCACUGUGGUUAGAAGUGCAACCCAUCUCUUCUGCAGUUUCACUGCUGCUCCACAGCUAGGCUAAACACUAUGGCCAGCUUAGAACUGCAUCUUCAGCCUUCUCGUAGCUCCCAGCUGCCAAAAACAGGAUGAGGUUUUAAAUGUGGCCUUAGCUUGGCAUAGUAACUGAAGGACUUUCUGCAUUAGGGAAAUGUAUCCUAGAAGGGAGAACUAGCAGUGGAAAACCCAGUUAAAAUGCUGUGGUGGGUUGACCCUGGCUGUCACAUACGCUGCUACCCUGUUGCUUGCUCAGUCCCCACAGCAGGAUGGGAGAGAGCAGUGAAAGGACAAAAAGCACUGUUAUAAAGGCAGUUCAUUAAGUAAGAGAAAAAAAGCUAAAAAAAGAAAAAGAAACCCAAGUGAUAUAAAGGCAGUCACUUACCAUCUCCCACCAGCAGACAGUGCCCAGCCAAUCUCCAAGCAGUGGCUUGAACCACCCCAGUUUUAUAGCUGAGUAUGACCUUAUAUGUUACGGAAUAUUUCUUCAGACUGUUCAGGUCAGCUGUCCUGCCUGUGUGCCCUCUCACCUUUUUGCCCAACUCCAACCUACUCUGCUGGAGUAGCAGAGUGACAAACAGAGAAGGCCAUUCACCCAGUGCAGGCACUGCUCAGCAGCAGGUAACAUUGAUAACAUUGUGUUAUCAAACACUCCUUUGGUUGCAGAUCUGUAACACAGCACCUUGUAGGUUGCUGUGAAGGAAAUUUACUCCAUCCAGCCUAACCCAGUACACAGGUCCACUUACCCAGUAGUUAAUCCAAGACUUACUCCCUGCAUUUCUGUACAGCAUCUUCUCAGGGUGGUUACUUCUUUCUGAAAGGGCUUUUUUUGCAGCAGGCAAUUAGCCUGCUCCACAGUGCUCCCUUUCAUGGAGGGAGCAGGGGAUGUUAGCUCUUACUCUUUCAGCACAUAAUGGGGAUAUAACGCAAAAAUGAGCCCUUUCUGUAUCAGUGUUCUGGCAAUUGAGCAGCCAGUGUUGGAGACAACAUAUUUAAUGUGCCCUCAGGGCAUGCACUUUAGCGGUUUGCUCUGAGUGGUUAUGAUGUAUUCUAUGAAUGUAUGUUAUAGAGUCAGAAUAAAAUGCAUGUAGCAGACAUAUACUUGUCAUCCAGUGAGCAUUUGAUUCAGAGUGCAUAUUACAUGCUAUAUUGAACAUGGCACAGUCGUUUUGAGAAACAAUCGUAAGAUUUAUAAGUAGGUACCUGACAGCAUUCCUGUUUUUUAGAUCAUGGCUUUGCCUGUGCAGAUAAUGUUUACUAAAUCUAAGUAUCAGUAGCCCAUUGUUUCUUGAACAGCUUGUGUGUCACAUUAUCAACACAGAAAUCUUAUUUCAUCUUUGUGAAAAAAAAAAAACUACCAACCUUGUGUUUCCCAACACAAGACCCAACAGACUUAUUUGAAGCAUUUCUUGCACUCAGCUUCUUUGUUGAGAUGAUGAAAGUUUACUCUAAAUAUGUAAUUUCCAAAUGGUUUUUCAAUUAUUUCAUCUCUGCUGUUAUUUCCAUCACAUAACAAGAUUAUGGAAACUAGUAAAUCUAUAUUUCUUGUGUUCUGUAGCGAAUACUGUUCUCAAGGUAUUUUUUUCUUUUAUACUUAAAGAGGUGAGAGAAAAGAUGAAACUUAUCUCUUGUGAUAUGGGUCACAUAUAAAAGGCAGAAUUUCUGGUCUGGGAUGGAGCUGUGAUGUGUCUUGCAAUGUUCGCAAGCUGAUGCAAUCAAGCCAAAGCUCCUCAGAGACUUUAGGAUUAUGAAAAUAUUCCUAGGGACAAUUGGUAGCAUGAAUCAAUCUGAAAAUACCCAUUUGGAGGCUAAACUAUUGGAGGCAUUCAUUUGGCAGAGAUCUGCUAAAAAGGAACUAGCAGAAAACCAGUAAACACCCAUCAGAUUCUACUCCUCUGUCUCACUGAGGUCAGGUCAUUAAAUGUGAGUGUGAUGAGCAGAAUUUGGUGUUUUAAGCAUUUGGUACUUUUCUACAGAAACAUGGGACUCCACUUACAACCAAAGUUGCAAGAAUUCAGAGCAAAAGUACCAGCUGACUUGAACAGAACUAGUCUUAUUUCAGUAAUGUUAAAGACAGCUAUGACCUUUCUAAGUAUGUGGCAGCAUUGGUAGCUGUCAUUCCUCAAGUGGACAACCUCUGUGGCUUGAGUGGAAAUAGGGACAGCUAGGGAGUUAUUCCAGAAACACUUGGUGAGAUUAGCAAUUCUGACUACUUGUGAAACCCAGCAGAAAUUGGGCACUGACUGGUGUUUCCACCGAGGUCACAGUUUUUAACUCUCAAAUACCAUAUGUGGUCCAUGUUAGUAUUAGUUGGGUCCCUCCCUGCUGCUCAAACUGAAAAGGAAGAAUAUCUCUCAUUUGGGAAACAGUGCUGCAGACAAGGUUGUAGGGCGUCCUGGGGGAGUGAGGGAGUAGAAAAUAGAAAGGUGGCUUUGUUUCUAAUGUGGGCUAGAAAGCAGAGGCCAAAGGUUAGGUGGAGCCAUGGAGAGCAGGAUUUCACAGGUAGAAAAUAUUCUGCAGAAUCUUCACAAUAGUUAAGGAAAUUCAUGUUCCAAUUCAGACAUCUCACAGCAACAUCCCCUGUGUCCUGCUUUUAUUUUGCCAUGGAGCUCUUCAGAGCAAAAAUGAAGGUGGAAUCUAUACCUAUAGAAAAGAAUUAUUUCUGUAUGAUGGAUUGUGUUGCUGAUUACAGAAACUACCCUAAGGAAAAUCUUCUGAACAUAUUUUAAAGGCUUGACAGUACUUGCAUUGUCAUAGUCCAUCAAAGCUUCACCUGAAAACGAAUUUUUCAUCCUCCUUCACUCAUACUUCUAACAGGGCAAUCAAAUCCCUGGACUGACUUAGUGAUUUACAUUGAAUCAAGAUCAACUAACAAGUGCUCCUUUUUCCAGUGGAAUGCCACC